CAACAACAACAACAAGCGCAACAACAGACUGAACAACUACGGCGACAAUUUGCCUUCGUCUACGUCAUCUCUGACGUCAUCGACUCUGGGGACGGGAGGUGGCAAUAGCGAGAUGAGUAGCCUGUGCUUCUACGUGAAGGAUAAGGAGGCGGCCAGCCAGUGGGUGCACCAUCUCAGCUUAGCUGGCUGUCUGAAGAGUGAGGCCCUAAUUAGCAGCCUGCAAUCACCAGCCGAUAACAUCUCUAACGCCAACGCCAAGACAACCACAGCUACUACUGCUUCAGCAGCUACUGCUGCUGCUACUACAACUGCUGCUGCUGAUAAUGUUUCCAUUGAUGCCUUUACUACAGAUUGCGAUUCUGAGAAGCAGGUAUAA